UCCGUGGCACCGGACCGGAUUCAGCUUUACACAACCCGAUUCUUCCAGAUUUUGGUUCAUUUGGAGGGCGGAUUCGGAAGUCGGCUCGACUCGGUCACCACUAAACCACUCCAGGCCGUGCGCGUUCGACUUUGGUUCUAUUUCUACAUCCCCAUCGCCUUUUUCCAGAUCCGCCGUUUCCGCAUCAGAUUAUUCAAGUUUUCCGCAUGAACUCGACGAUGUGAGUGAUCAUGCCGGCUAUGGAUUGCCCGGCUUCCGCCCCCUUCGCCUCGCUUGGCCGCUCCAUCCUCAGCCUCCGCCGUGAGCAGGUCCAUUCCGUCGACGGCGGCGGCCACCACGAUUCGCCGGGUGGGUCGUACGACCUCGAAAUCGAAGCGUUUCAGAAGCACGUCGCGGACAUCUUCCUCGACCUCGCCUCCUCCUCGGGGGAUGAGCUGCUUUCCCUUCCCUGGCUCCGCGAGUUGCUCGAUGGGUUACUCGUCUGCCAGGAUGAGUUCCGUGGGAUCCUGUUCGGCUGUAGGGACGGCCGGAAGGUGGACCUCUCCCGUCCGCCCCUUGACCGCUUCCUCUCUGACUUCUUCGAACGCUCCGUCAGGGCGCUCGACGUCUGCAAUGCUGUCCGGGAUGGCGUCGACCAGAUGCGGCAGUUGAGGCAGCACCUGGAGAUUGCCAUCGCUGCCCUCCGCGGCUCCGGAGUCGGCAGACCGCUCGGCAAGGGCCAGAUCCGCCGCGCCUGUAAGGCGUUGAACGAUCUCACCCUCCUCUUGCUCGACGAGAAGGAAGCCCCGUGCAUCUUGAGCCUCCGCAAUCGUUCAUUCGGCCGCAGCGGCAAGGAGACGCCGCAACAUCGCCGCGUCGGCAGCGCAGGAUCCGCCUCUUCCGCAGGACACUACCGUUCUUUCUCCGGGAGUGUCUCCCGCUCCUGGUCCGCCGCCCGGCAACUCCAGGCAAUCGGAAACAACCUUAACGCGCCUCGCGGCAAUGAAGUCGCCGCCACCAACGGCCUGGCCGUCUUGGUGUUCACUAUGAGCUCGGUCCUCUUCUUUGUGACGUGGGCUCUCGUGGCAGCAAUCCCCUGCCAGGACCGCGGGCUUCAGACUCAUUUCUCUCCCCCCAAGCACUUCCCAUGGGCCGCAUCGAUCACUGCACUCCACGAGAGAAUAUUCGAGGAAUCGAAGAAGAAGGAUCGCAGGAACUCCUGCGGGCUGCUAAAGGAGAUCCUAGUGACGGAGAAGUGCAGCCGCCAGCUGUUGGAGCUGCUAGAUCCAGAGAUGGAGUUUCCUUUGACGGAGGAGAAAGAGAGGGAGCUGCGGCAGGGCGUGGGAGAGGUGACCGAAGUCUGCGAUUCCUUGAAGGAGGGCUUAAACACCCUCGAGCGCCAGCUUUCGACAAUACUUGAUCUUGGUUUGUUUGCAUUUUGGUAACGCGAGGCCUCCAGGUGAGGAGAUCGACAUGAAAAUAUGAAGCAGGUAGUUUUAUUGGUAUCUAUCUAUCUUUUAUUACCAAUGGUGUAGGAAAAGGGGAAGCAGUCGAUCGUUGCCGCUUAGGCUGUUGUUUUAAUCUUCUCAUGCCGAAUCCUUUGUAAUGUGGUAAAUCGUAAGAAUCCUCCUCUCAUUUUUCUUGGUUAUUGUUCUUAGUAGUUCUUCUUUUGCAUAAUUGUUAUUGAAUUA